AUGUUUAAACAUGCUAUAGGAAUAACGCGGGAGGAAGAUGUGGAGGAUGCAGAGAGAAGAGAGCCGCUGGUGAAUGGCUAUCACUCAUCUGCUGCUGCUGCUGAAGCAGCAGCAGCAGCAGCAGCAGCAGAAGCAGCAGCAGCAGCAGCAGCAGCAGCACAAGCAGCAGAAGAACAGCAGCAGCAGCAGCAGGAGCAGCAGCAGCAGCAGCAGCAGAAGUACCAACAGCAGCAGCAGGAGAACUAUACCCAUCUACCUCUGCUGCCCCUCCUCCUCCUCCUCCUGCAGCAGCAGCAGCAGCAGCAGCAGCAGCAGCAGCAGCAGCAAGAAGAGGAGCUGGGUGGAGUAUAA